CAAUAUAUAUUUCUCGAUUGUGAAAAUUAUCUUGCAUAUAAAGGUGUUAUUGUUCCUUCACAACCACAAAAACCAAAUUCAUCGUUGACAUUAAAUAGUGAUUUAUAUAUAUUAAAUACACAGGAUUAUACAUGGAUUAAUUAUUUUGAUGCAUCAAAUAUAUAUGGUCCUAAUAAUUCUCUCUCAUUAGGUGCAAAGAUUGGUAUUUCUAUAGCUGUAAUAGUUGCUCUUGUUGUAAUAGUUAUUACUGGAUUUUUCAUUUAUAAGAAAUUUCAUGUUCGCAAUAAUUAUCUUGCAACUGUAUUGAAUUGGUUAAUAAAUUAUAACAUUCUUUACAAAAAUAUAAAACUUGAUGAGACAAUAUUAAAUUCAUUAUCAAAAAAUGAGAUAUCAAUUGCUUUAAGAGCAACUACUAUAAUGGUCAAUAUUAACUCAGAAAAAAUUGAACAUUAUACUAGAUAUAUGACAGAUUCAAUAGAUAGUAAUGUAAAUAAUGACAAUUAUACAGAAAAUGAAUUCAAUAAAAAAGAAAUUUCUGAUUAUAAUGAAUUAUAUAAUCCUAUUAAUAGUAUUUCUAAAUUAAAGAACUUGAGUAUAACAUAUUUAGAUAAUAUUCCUAUUUCUGAAAAAACUAUAUAUUAA